AUGGAGGAAGUGCUGGGACUUCGCGGCUUUCGGUUGCCGGGAAGCAUCGUGUGCCAUGAAGCGACGCUCUGGCGUCAGCUUCUGCCUUCGGAGAAUGCGCUCAUCGCUUCAUUGCCUGCCAGAUUGGGAGAAGCCGCCUGGCUGUCGCUUACCUUCUCCUCUGGGCAGCCAGCCAAAGCAAUGGCACGUCUGACGCUGUCCUCUCCGAGAACCUGGGAGCUCCAGGCGACUGGCGCAAGCUUGGCCGAGGUCGCUGCAGGAGAGGUCCUGCACACGGUUCCUUUGGCCAACGCGACAUCCUUCACCACUAGCAGCCUGAGCAUGACGCUCGUUGAAGAGCUCCUUGCCAGGCCCCGAACCUAUUCGCUCACGGUUUGGGCGCUUUCCUUCAGCUAUGAGGAGCCCCCAGGCAGCUUUUGGCUUCUUGACGUCUUUGAUGCUACACCGCUGCCCGUGGCUACGAGUGAUCUCGGCUUCAGCCUGCCGCUGCGAGGAGCCUGGCCGUUGCCCGCCUUGUCACUGCAGCUCUCCAUGGGAAGCCCUCCGCCGGGUGGCCGCACCUUCGCGCGGCUGCUUCUGAAGCCCUGGCUUCUCAGUGCAUGGCUCCUGGUGCUGCCGCCCCCUGGCUGGGUUCUGAGCGAUGCUUCGCCUGGCCCCGAGGGCCGAUCCAUCGCUUCCCUGGGCUUCCAAGACCUUUCAGCUGGCUGGGAGGUCGAGCUCCAAGUGGCUGCCUCGCUGGAGACUACUACGGACACGGCGUGGUUUGUGUUGGCAACGGAUGGAGAGGUCGGUGAGGACCUGGCUGCACAAUCCUGGGGCUACGUGGACGGGGCCAAUGUGGCUCCCAUGUGGGGCAGCGUGAAGCAUGCCAACCUGGCGGGGCUCAACCUGACUGGGCUGGUUUUCACGAUGCGCCUGGACCAGGAGUCACAAGUCGGGAUCAUCCGUGUCACCCCACCAGAAGGCUAUGGCCAGCCGACCUGCGAAGAUGCAGCAGACGUGCGAGGAGCGCCACGCUGGCCGAUGUCUUUAAGACGGUUUGGGCCGUAUUGUGAACAAUCAGCAAACGAGUCCCACACGGAGGUCCUCCUCACGCAGCCGCUUCCAGUGGGAUCUUGGGCUUUCGCUUUGGCCAUCACCCUUCCGGAUGCAGCGGAAGACCCCCGAUUCCGCGUGGAGGUCUUCACUGCCGAGAGGGGCUUGGUGGAUGCUGCGACCUCCCUCGCUGCACCGGACUUGCUCAGUGCAGGGCUCUGGCCGUUGACCGCCCCAAUCUUGAUCUUGCGCAGCCGAAACGCUGCCUCGACGCGGCUGGUGCUGGAGAUCUCCUUCCGCUUCGAUCAGAUGAUGCCCGUUGCCACCGGGAGCAUCGAGGCCCUGCGCUUGCUGCCUCCCAGCGGAGUGCAGUAUGACGAGGAGUUUUCGCUGACUGUCGAGGGCCUGCCACUCGCACGAGGCAGCCCGACGGUGACAUCGUCACAGGCCUUUGUGACCCUCCUGGCUGCUUCAACUGUCACACCUGGUGACGUGAGCAUUCGUUGUGGAGUCAAGCUGACUGGGGAGCCAGCAGAGAACGUCUGGAUGCUUGACAUUUGCCGCCAACUUACUUGCUCGAGCGCGGAGGCUCUCCGCUUUCCUCUUCUCGGUCCCAGCGAGAAUGAGGAGCCCAUCCCCGAUGUGGAAGUCGGCUGCAGCCAGCAGCGUGUUCUGGCCCGGCUGGCUGCGGCAUUCACUCUGGCACUUCUUAGUCUUAGUGGCACUGGGGUCUGA